CAAAGAAACACACAACCUAAAAACUGCAUUCAAUCACCGCUUUUAACAUGGGGAGUGCUUGUUUUUCCUGGGACGUCUGUUUGUUUUUCGUCCUCAUAAAUACUUGCGGCGCAAUGGCAAACGUGCCUCUCUCAGUUCCGGACACUGACGAGUGUUUAGACCGCUCCGAUGACUGUCACAUCGACGCCAUUUGCCAGAACACCCCCAAGUCCUUCAAGUGCAUCUGCAAGGCCGGAUACAAAGGAGAUGGCGUUCACUGUGAAGACAUGGACGAGUGCGAGAAUGACUUCAACGGGGGCUGUGUCCACGACUGCAUCAACAUCCCCGGGAACUACAGGUGCACCUGCUAUGAUGGCUUCAUGCUCGCCCAUGAUGGACACAACUGCCUGGACGUAAACGAGUGUGAGGACAACAAUGGUGGGUGCCAGCAGGUGUGUGUGAACACGAUGGGCAGCUACGAGUGCCAGUGUACAGAGGGAUUCUUCCUCAGCGACAACCAACACACCUGCAUACACCGCUCCGAAGAUGGGAUGAAUUGCAUGAAUAAGGAGCAUGGCUGUGCCCACAUCUGCAGGGAAACUCCUAAAGGCGGCGUGUCCUGCGAGUGCCGUCCUGGGUUCGAGCUGGCCAGCAACCAGAGAGACUGCACAUUGACAUGUCACUAUGGUAAUGGAGGAUGCCAGCACUCGUGCGAGGAGACGGACUCUGGACCAGUGUGUGGAUGCCAUCAGAAAUAUGCCCUGCAUUCGGACAGCAAGACCUGCAUCGAGAAAGAUGAGGCUGCAAUUGAGAGCUCUGAGUUCAAUGCCACGUCACUAGCUGAUGUGGACAAGAGGGUGAAACGGCGGCUACUUAUGGAAACGUGUGCGGUGAACAAUGGCGGCUGCGACCGGACGUGCAAGGACACGGCCACGGGGGUGCGAUGCAGCUGCCCCGUGGGGUUCACCCUCCAGCCGGACGGCAAGACGUGCAAAGAUAUUGAUGAGUGCCUGGAGAAUAACGGUGGCUGUGACCAUUUCUGCCGCAACACGGUGGGCAGCUUUGAGUGCAGCUGCCAGAAGGGCUACAAGCUGUUGACCAACGAACGCACCUGCCAAGAUAUUGACGAGUGUUCAUUCGAUCGGACCUGUGACCACACCUGUAUCAACUAUCCAGGCAGCUUCGAGUGCCUGUGUCACAAAGGCUACACUCUCUACGGGCUCACACACUGUGGAGACAUCGACGAGUGCAGCAUCAACAACGGCAGCUGUGAGUAUGGCUGUGUCAACACCCAGGGCGGCUACGAGUGUGUCUGUCCACUCGGAGAGAAGCUCCACUGGAACAAGAAGGACUGUGUGGAGGCGGUGAAGUGUCUGGCCAAUGGCAAGCCGGUGCCGCGAGCCCAGCUCAGCUGCACCAAGACGGGAGGGGUGGAGGCCUGCUCCCUCUCCUGCCCAUCCAACGCCCUCUUCCUCGCAGACUCUGAGAACAGUUACACGCUGAGCUGCGGAGUGCCAGUUCAACCUGGAAAACCACCGCAGAAGAGGAACACCACCGCAGCAUCACUGCAGACCUGUACAGAGACUCUAUCUCCGCCGGUGAAGCAGAAAGCCAAGUUCAGGAUCAGAGAUGCCAAGUGCCACCUGAGGCCCAGGAACAAGGAGAAACACAGAGAGGCCACCAAACAAGGCCUGCAAGGGGGCCAGUUCCCGUGCACUGACGACUGCCAGGUCACCUUUGUCAAUCUGAAGUGUGACUCGUCCAAGAAGCGCAGGCGUGGCCGCAAGUCCCCGUCCAAGGAAGUGUCACACAUCACCGCCGAGUUCGAGAUGGAGAUGAAGGAGGAGGAGGCUUCUGACGUGUGUGAUGUGGACUGUGUGCGCGACAAGACCAAGCAGCGUCUGCAGAACGCCAUGCGCACCCUGCGCAAGUCCAUCAACAAGCAGCAGUUCUACAUCCAGUUCUCGGGCACCGUCUACGAGGUGGCACAGCGGGCCGCGCGCCAGUCUGAGGACACCGAAUCCUGCAGCACGGGACAGGUGCUCAUCGACGGCAAAUGCGUCAGCUGUGGUGUGGGGACGUUCUACAGCGGUGAGCAGGAGCAGUGUGUGCAGUGUCCCCCAGGCAGCUACCAGGACACGGAGGGCCAGCUCUCCUGCGAGCCCUGUCCCAGCACCGAGGUGGCCCAGGGCAUCGCCGGGGCCAAGAACGUCUCCGAGUGCGGUGGCCAAUGUCCUCCAGGUCAAUUCUCCAAUGACGGCUUCCGGCCGUGCCAGCAGUGUGGCCUGGGCACCUUCCAGCCGGAGCCGGGCCGUGUGCUCUGCUUCCCCUGUGGGGGGGGUCUCAUGACCAAGCAUGCCGCCAGCACCUCCUUCAAGGACUGCGAGGCUAAAGUUCACUGUGCCCCUGGUCACCACUACAACUCCACCACCCACCGCUGCAUCCGCUGCCCCGUGGGCACCUACCAGUCGGAGUUCGGCCAGAACUACUGCAUCAACUGCCCAGGCAACACCACCACCGACUUUGAUGGGGCCACCAAUGUAUCGCACUGCAAAAAUCAGAUGUGCGGAGGUGAGCUGGGCGAGCUGAUGGGCUACAUCGAGUCCCCCAACUACCCCGGCGACUACCCGUCCAACGUGGACUGCAUCUGGACCAUCAACCCGCCCAAUAAGAGGCGCAUCCUCAUCGUGGUGCCUGAGAUCUUCCUGCCCAUCGAGGACGAGUGCGGAGACGUUUUGGUCAUGAGGAAGAGUGCCCAGCCCACCUCCAUCACCACCUACGAGACGUGUCAGACCUACGAGCGGCCCAUUGCCUUCACCUCUCGCUCCCGCAAGCUCUGGAUCCAGUUCAAGUCCAACGAGGGCAACAGUGGCAAAGGGUUCCAGGUGCCCUAUGUGACCUACGAUGAGGACUACCAGCAACUGAUUGAGGACAUCGUCCGAGAUGGUCGACUCUACGCCUCCGAGAACCAUCAGGAGAUACUGAAAGAUAAGAAACUAAUCAAGGCAUUGUUCGAUGUGCUGGCCCACCCCCACAACUAUUUCAAGUACACCGUUCAGGAGUCCAAGGAAAUGUUCCCGCGUUCCUUCAUCAAAUUCCUCCGCUCCAAGGUCUCAAGGUUUCUUCGACCGUACAAAUAAGUCCACUAAGGUCCUCCUACUCUUGCUCCUCAUCUUCAUCAUCAUCAUCACUUGCUUCUUGAAAACAGAAAAAAAGGAAAAAUCGCUCCGCACGUGUGUACCUAAUGUGUCCAACCCUUUUCAUGCUCUCUACUGCCCCCUGUGUUCCUGCUCGCUAGCUGUAAACCUGAACAUUUUCACAUUCUAAGAAAUUAUGAAAGAAGACUGAACCCCCCUUGAUUCCUUUUGAAGUCCUUGUUUUGACUUUAAACUUUUUCCUGUAUAUUUUUUCUACAUAUAUUUUUUUUGCUUGUUUGUUGUUUUGGUUUGUUUGGUUUGGUUCGUUUGUGUACCAUUUUUGAAAUAUUUAUAUAUGCUAGGCCUAGCAAAAGCCCACAUCAUGGAUGUUUGAUAUACAUAUGCAUGCAUGCUGUGUGUGUGUGUGUGU